AUGCCUACCCCUACUAAUAGCAGCAGUAAUGGUACUAAAAAUAGGAUUAAAGAUCAUUCCCCUGGUUCCCCUGCUACUACCCCGAAUGUUGCUGCUGCUGGUUCAGCUGGCUCUUCUGCAGAAAUAGCCGCUAAUGCUUCAAGGUUCAGACAUCGUAAAAUCUCCGUGAAACAGCGACUAAAGAUAUACAGGCCGAAUGACCUUAAAAGCUUGAAUCAAAACGAGUUACAAGAGAGGGAGAUGAUGGAGAUUGAGACGGGUAUGGAAAAAAAUGAAGAGAAAGAAGUGCAUUUGAAUAGAAUCUUACAGAAAGGUGCAAAUCUAUCAGAUGAAUCAAGGAAAAGAGAAUAUAUCCCAACUCCAAAGGCAACGGCUACAUGGACCGAUUUCGAUAAAUUUUAUCAAGGUCGUUUCAAGGAACCUUCAAGUUAUAUAAAGUUUUCAGCUACUUUGGAAGAAUGUUGUGGAGCUCCAUACAGUAUGGAUGAAAAAGAUGAAGAGUUUUUAGAAGGCAAAAUAAAUGCUGGUAAAGAAAAAGAAGAUGAAAAAUUGUCAGAGGAUGAGUUUGAAAUCCUUUGUUCAAGUUUCGAGUCUGCCAUUCACGAGAGACAACCAUUUUUAAGUAUGGAUCCAGAAACGAUCUUAUCGUUUGAAGAACUGAAACCAACCCUUUUAAAGGCGGAUUUGCUUAACCAACAACUAAAACAGCAGUUGGGCAAAGAAAUUGGGUACAAAGAAGAUCAAAUUUUUACUACCCAAUUGGAGUCUAUUGAUUGCCAGUCAGGUAUUAGACCCUUAUCACAAGUUAUUGAAAAAUUCGGUGUUCAAGUUUAUGAAUAUUGGAAACAAAGAAAAAUAAACUCUUCCAAUACCGAAAUUUUCCCUCAAUUAAGGUUUGAAAGACCAGAUGAAAAAGAUGAUUCAAACCCAUACGUGUGCUUCCGCAGGCGUGAUGUAAGACAACCUAGAAAGACUAGACGUGUAGAUAUUUUGAACAGUCAAAAAUUGCGGUUGCUACAUCAAGAACUAGAACAUGCAAAAGAUAUGGCAUUACUAGUUGCGAGGCGUGAAAAAGUUACAUUGGACCUAUUGGAACAAAAUAUGCGUAUAUUUGAUCAAAGAUCCAAUGUCAAACGUCUAAAGAGAUCUCUAGGUAUUAGAGGCGAAGAUGAAGAUUUGGUUAAUCACAAGAGAAAGCGUCUCAAUGUGGUGGCUCAAAGUCAAAUGAAGCAAAACGCCGGUGCAGCAGGUGCAGCGGAAGCCGCUGUAUCCUCACCUGCUUCAUCUUCUACCAAUGCCGUCACUACGUCAGAUUCAUCUGUAAAGAGAGGAUUAAAGGGAAGAAUACUGAAGAAAAAUUUGGAACACUUGGCCAAAUCUGGCCAAAAACUUACCAAACAGCAGUUACAACAAUUACAGGCUCAAAACUUGGCUAUUGCAUCAGGGAAACAUGCAGGACAUAUGCAUGCACAACAAGUUCAACAGGCUCAACAGGCUCAACAAGCACUACAAGCACAACAAGCCCAGCAGGCCCAGCAACAACAGCAGCAAGAACAACCACAGGUACAGCAAUCACAACAGGCACAACAAGGACAAUCUAUUCAAUCCCAUGUUUAUGUCAGGUUACCUUCUUCUAAAGUUCCUGAUAUUACUCUCGACGAUGUAGAUCACCUGUUGACUAACAAGGAGAGAAAUGCACGUAAAUUUGUUCACGAUAGAAUGGAAAAACGUAAGUUAGAGGACAAAGAUCUUUUCAACUUAACGGAUGAUCCAUAUAAUCCAGUGUUUGACAUUACGUUGCCCAAAGAUGUUUUGCCAAAUAAUUCACCGUUUUCGUCAAUUGCCUCAUCCAAAUAUGAAAUCAAUAGAUCUUACUACUGUGGUAAUUUACCUGCAUAUCUCAAUGGUAAUACUGAUGAUAUUACAGCUUAUAAUCAUGAAGGUGAAAAGUUACCAUCAAAUAAUUUUAAGGUUAAAAAAUUAGAAGUUUAUGAUCCUUUCCAGACCAAUAAUGAAAUUCAUUCGAAGGAAUACCCAGUUAAAUUUAGAAAACGUGUUGGACGUUGUGGAAUUCAGUACAUCGAUCGUAAACCGAAUCAUAUGGAAAAAUCGGUAGAUUCCGUUCUAAACCAAUUUCUGGAUUUUGACGCGAUUGAAUCUCAAGAACAAAAUCCACAAGAGACGAUUAACGUUUAUGAUUCCAAAUGGGAUGAAUUUUCAAGACUUUACGAUAAGUGGCAACACGAUUCACCAAGAAAUGAAUACGGUCUCAAAGUCUUGGAGGAACCUUCCAGAUUAAACCAAAUUUCUAAUGAAACUCAAGUGAUCAGGUUUGGCACAAUGCUUGGUAGUAAGUCCUACGAACAAUUACGUGACGUAACAAUAAAAUAUCGUCAAGAAUACGUGGCAAGGAUGAGACAACAAAAAUUGAAUCAGAAACAACUGCAAUUGCAGCAACAACAGCAGCAGCAGAUACAGCAAGAACAAGAACAAGAACAAGAGCUGCAACAGCAAGAACAAGAACAGCAACAGCAAUCACAGCAUGCCAGAUCCCCCUCUUUAUCGGCGACAUCUUCGCUGUCCCAACCUUCAUCGAAGAUGGAAUCAUCACCAGCGAUGCCGAAGAAGGUUAAUGGUAUUUCAAACCAACAUCACACUAAACCACAUCAGGGGGUUCCAGUGACUCAAAAAAAAUCGUCUUGA